UACGGAAGCUCCCCAACUGUCUUCACCUCCAAGUCAAGUCCUCCAAACGUCACUCAAACCUACGGCAGCGGGCAUUGUGUAGAUAUCAGGCACCAUGCCUCCAAGAAAGAAGCCAAAGCUUACCGCUCAACCCGAAGCCGCCCAACCUUCAGCGAAUACCCCCGCCAGUGAAAGCGCAGCUCAGCUUAACACAGAUUACGACCCAGUAACUGACCCAUGGACGGAUGAACAGGAGACUGCUCUAUUAAAGGGCAUAAUCAAAUGGAAGCCAGUUGGAAUGCACAAACACUUCCGUAUGAUCGCUAUCUCCGAAUUCAUGAAAAGUCAGGGCUAUGCACCUUCCCACGCGCAACAUACACGGAUACCUGGGAUUUGGAAAAAGCUGGGAACCUUAUACAAUCUUCCAGCACUCGAUGAACGGGAGGACUCCUUAAAUACAUCCGAUGAUGUCGAUAAUUCGAAAGAGCUAUACUGUCCAUUUGAGCUCCCUGAAGAUGAGUACGGCGAGUUGAUGUUUGAGCGGAGGCUAGCAAUGGAGGGAUCUACCUCCCCGGUUCAUAGUGCCCAAGCAGAGUCUAGGAGAGGUAGCACGGUCGCUGACACAGAUGAACCCCGUUCCUCUCCCGCCCCGUCACGAGGUAGGAAGCCAGGUCGUGGAGGUCGUCAAUCGACGCGAGGUCCUCGGUUUUCGCGGUUACAAGUAGAAGUCGAGGCUCCAAGGAGGAGUUUUGGCACGGGAGAAGAAGAAGGCAAUUCUGAGGAUGCUGGUGCAAACGAGGAAGAAGACGAAGAAGGCUCAGAUGGGGCAAAAGACGACAGCGAAGGCGACGAAGAAGCAGAAGAGGAAGAGGAUACAGGGGGGUCUCCAACAACACGAAGCACACGAGCCCAGACAACACGAACAAAGCAAAAGGAAAAGAGAGGUAACGCUACGGGAACCAGGCGAGGUGGUCGGCGACGGUAGUGUUAAUAUGUACUUUAUCAUUCAAUGAUUUGAAAGUUUUGAUACCUCGGAGGACUCAGGGCAGGCGUUUCUUUAGGGUUCACAUUGCGCUUGUUUAACAAUAUAUUCGGCCCACUUCAGGUUCUUCUUACAAUUUAGCCGUCAGUCAACAGAACGCGACGCUCCGUCCAGAAGACAUGCUCAGUCAACAGGCAAUUGCGCGACCGAUGGAGUUGUCAUUACAAUGGAGAAAAUGACCAAGGCAUAUUGCAAUGGAAAUGGCAUCUAAAUAAAUACAUUGGAAAAGUACAUGGUGCGAACCGAAUCCCUUACAGACGCUUCAUAAUGGCCUCGGCAUACUCGUGAGUCUUGGCCUUGCCGCCCAAGUCACCGGUAAGGGUCUAUCCUUCAGCGAGGGUAUCGA